AUGGAAUUGUAUAUAACUAUUUCAAGUAAACAAAAACUUUGUUUAGUUUUUCGUUAUUUUAAAAAUCACGUGAGUAGAACCCUUGUUUCUGGAGAUAUAAGUUGGCGUUGUGUAAAAAAAACCUGUAGUUCGUAUGUCAAAACCAAUAGUUCAAAAACGAAGUUAACCGAAAUUAAAGACAGCCAUACCCAUGAUCCGGAAACUGAAGAAAGUUUAAACUUACUGGACGUUCAAGGUAGGUGUAAAAGAAAAGCGUGUGAAGAUUUAACUUUACGACCUAGUAAAAUAAUACGUACAGAGCUUUCUAUUUGA